AUGGAAGACCCAGCUCCCGUUCCUAAACAAGCCUUCUCGAUUCUUCAACAGUGGCUGAGAUCCCACGUCAUCCACCUCCUCACUCAAUCCCUUCCCUCAGUUCAAAAGCAAAAGAUCGAGAGAUUCUUCAGCGCAUCAGCAUUCGACAAACCUAAUCUCACUCUUUACGUUACGAUAUCCCAAAUAUUCCGCCUCUUCAUCAUCCCUUUCUACAAAGCGAGUGCAAGACUCACCGUCGUCCUCACGCUCACUCCUUCAACAACACACGCCCCUGAAGCGGAUCACCCCCUAUCAUCGUGGUUAAGUGCUUCCGAACAUAGCCCUGACCGGAGUUCCUCACACUCCCACCAUCCGAGAAGUACGACACUCUACUACAUCUCAGCGCAGGAAGACCUCUGCCAAAUAUCAGAACUAGUAAAAUUUGUGUGA